AAACUUCCGUUGGUAGCAUUUCCGGUUCCGCCCAGCUGUUGCUAAGGAAGUUACCAUUACAGCAAAUGGGCAGCGCCCUGCUUCAACCUAUCGCUGCUGCGGACGAUGACCCGCCGGUAACUUCCUUUAAGAGUGCAAACAGAGGAUAUCUGCUGGUGACAACUUUGGAAUGGAUGGCUGUGGUUUGCAUGUAAAGUAAUGCCAAGUGGCAAGGCCAUGUUGCCAGGAGUUGGUGUUUUUGGCACCGGCAGCACUGCCCGGGUGCUGGUUCCACUGUUGCAAGCUGAGGGCUUUGAGGUUCACGCGCUUUGGGGACGGAGUGAAGAGGAGGCUUGCUGCUUGGCAAAGGAACUCGGCAUCCCGUUUCAUACCAGUCGAUCUGAUGAUGUCCUCCUGCACCAGGAUGUAGAUCUGGUCUGCAUCUAUAUCCCUCCCUCAAUGACCAGACAAAUUGCAGUCAAAGCACUGGGUAUUGGUAAGAAUGUAGUUUGUGAGAAAGCUGCAACUGCUGUCGAUUCAUUUAAGAUGGUGACUGCAGCCAGAUACUACCCCCAGCUGCUGAGCAUGAUGGGUAACACCCUACGCUUCCUGCCAGCCUUUGUGGAGAUGCGUCAGCUGUUGGUGGAAGGAUACGUCGGGAAUAUACAGGUGUGUGAUGUGCGGGUCUAUGGGCCGAGCCUCUUGGACCAGUCCUACGGUUGGACCUCUGAGGAGCUGAUGGGUGGAGGCGGGCUGCACAUCGUUGGAUCCGCCAUCAUCGACCUGCUAAGUUACCUCACGGGCACCAGAGCUCACCGUGUGCAUGGUUUACUGCGGACUUUUGUUCAACAGAACAGCCUAAUCCGAGGCAUCCGCCGCAUCACCAGCGAUGACUUUUGUUUCUUCCAGAUGUUGAUGGGUGAAAGCGGGUCCUCGGGCGUAUGCUGCACUGUGACCCUGAACUUCAACAUGCCGGGGUCGUUUGUGCAUGAGGUUAUGGUAGUUGGAUCUGGUGGAAGGUUGGUCGCCAGGGGCACCGAGUUGUUUGGUCAUCGAAAUGAGAGUAAAUGUGAGGAGCUUCUAUUGGCUGACAGCAGCGGGGUUGGACCAGAGGUGAAAGAGAUGCCCCUCCCACACCUGCAGGGGCUUAGCUCUAUGGUGAAGGCCUUGAGACAGUCCUUUCAGGCUCAGGAAGAGCGACGGUCAUGGGCUCGAGGACCGAUUGCCUCUGCGCCAACCUUUGAGGAUGGCCUGUAUGUGCAGACGGUGGUGGAGGCUGUGAAACGGUCCAGCAGCAGCGGCGAAUGGGUCUGUGUGGAGAUCAUGAGUCAGGAGCCGGAUCCCAACCACAACUUGUGUGAGGCGCUACAAAGAAACAAAAACUGACUUGGUGCAAAAACUACCUGACAGAACAGGAAUCUGAAUGUCUCGCUGUAAUUCAGCCGCUAUGACCGUUUACAUCAAACUAGACUACUUCCUUCAACGUGUUGACUUCCUCUCAGGUUUUACAGAUUAAUGUUUCACCUAAACAAACACAGCUGCGUUGUCUGUUGGCGCCUGUAGGAAGAUGCAUUGUAAACCACAGCCUUAUUAUUUGGAUUCUGACCAGUGCAAAUACUGAUAACCUAUUUCCAUCAAAUCUUUUUGACCAGGAUGUGCCAAUGACGCAGUAGAUGUUGUCUUAACCUGGCUUAUUUAAAACUGAGAAAUAACGAAUGUAUUUUUCCAUCGUUUUAAUUUGCAUCGACACCUAUAUUAGAUAUAGCAUUAUAUACAACCAACUAGGUAUUUGUCUGUGUGUUUUAAACAUAUGUGCU